AUGGCCUCUUUUGGAUAUUUCCUGUUUCUUUGUGGGUUGAGUCAGGCUCUGUCAAGUUACCCAAUCUGGUGGUCCUUGGCAAUUGGUCACCAGUACUCGUCCCUGGGCACUCAGCCCAUCCUGUGCGGGAGCAUCCCGGGGCUGGUGCCCAAGCAGCUGCGCUUCUGCCGCAACUACGUGGAGAUCAUGCCCAGCGUGGCAGAAGGGGUCAAGAUCGGCAUCCAGGAGUGCCAGCACCAGUUCCGGGGCAGGAGGUGGAACUGCACCACUGUCAACGACAGCUUGGCCAUCUUUGGGCCCGUGCUGGAUAAAGCCACCAGGGAGUCAGCCUUCGUGCACGCCAUCGCCUCGGCCGGCGUGGCGUUCGCCGUCACCAGGUCCUGCGCCGAGGGCUCGGCCACCAUCUGCGGCUGUGACACGCGCCACAAGGGCUCUCCUGGCGAGGGCUGGAAGUGGGGGGGCUGCAGUGAGGACGUGGAAUUUGGCAGCAUGGUGUCCCGGGAGUUCGCCGACGCCCGGGAGAACCGGCCCGACGCUCGCUCGGCCAUGAACAGGCACAACAACGAGGCUGGAAGGACCUCCAUCAUUGAGCUCAUGCACCUCAAGUGCAAGUGCCACGGGCUCUCGGGCAGCUGCGAAGUGAAGACCUGCUGGUGGUCCCAGCCAGACUUCAGGGUCAUCGGCGACUACCUCAAGGACAAGUACGACAGCGCCUCGGAAAUGGUGGUGGAGAAGCACCGCGAGUCGCGCGGCUGGGUCGAGACCCUCCGGCCCAAAUACAACUUCUUCAAGGCGCCGACCGAGAAGGACCUGGUCUACUACGAGAACUCGCCCAACUUCUGCGAGCCCAACCCCGAGACCGGCUCCUUCGGGACGCGCGACAGGAUCUGCAACGUCACCUCCCACGGCAUCGACGGCUGCGACCUGCUGUGCUGCGGCCGCGGCCACAACACGAGGACUGAGAAAAGGAAAGAGAAGUGCCACUGUAUCUUCCACUGGUGCUGCUACGUCCGCUGCCAGGAGUGCAUACGAGUCUACGACGUCCACACGUGCAAAUAAAGCGGGCAAGACCCUUGGCCGGGCUCCGAGUGGAGGAAUGGAAAUUUUUUUGAGCCUACUUCCUCUGAGGUUGCAGACGUGAGAGAAGUCUACUUUUUUUGGUAUUAAAAGAAUAAAAACUGGAC